GUGUUACGGCAAAGCUUUAAAAGUGAUGCCUUUGCCUAGCAUAUGGUGUGAUCUUGGAAUAAGUUUCUAUCGACAAGCAGAGCACCUCACCGCAGUGGGCGCUGACAUGAAUGAGAUCAAUGAGCUGCUGGAGAAGUCUUUACAGUGUCUCAAAAAAGCUGUGAGGCUUGACAGCAAAAAUCAUCUUUACUGGAAUGCACUUGGUGUCGUUGCUUCCUGUAGUGCUAUUGGGAAUUAUGCUCUUGCUCAACAUUCGUUCAUCAAAUCUGUUCAAGCUGAGCAAAUCAAUGUUGUUGCCUGGACCAACUUGGGGGUUUUGUAUCUUGCAACCGGAAACAUUGAGCAAGCUCAUGAAGCCUUCAAGAUAGCCCAGGCUCUGGAGCCUUCUUAUGUACUGUGUUGGAUUGGGCAGGCUUUCAUUGCAGAGAAGAUAGGCAGCUACGAUACUAUGGACCUCUUCAGGCACACGACUGAACUCUGUAUGCAUAAUGAGGGAGCAAAAGGCUAUGCCCACUGGGUCUGUUCAACGCUGCAGGAUAAAAGCAACAGGAACACUGAACUCUAUCGAUUCAACAUUGUCGAAAUGAAUGCUAUUCCAGCAGCCCAGGUGGUCUUGAGCAAAUACACAGAGAGAAAUCCAGAGGAUGCGUCAGCUUUCAUGAUGCUGGGUUAUGUGAAUGAGUGUCUGCACCUGAAAAGGCAGGCAGCAGAUGCCUAUGAGAGGGCAGCCUUGUUGCUGAAAAACUCUGAGGAUACUGAGAAACGUAAUACAGCAAUGCAAAACUAUGGCAGGGCACUGUGUGCCCUUGGUGAGUGUGAUAAGGCCAUUGAGGUCUACACGUCAACACCCCUGACUGAGUUUGAUGGCAUUGUGGGGAUAGCGUUAGCCUACUUCAAGAGAGGCCUCUUCCAGGAGAGUAUCAAAGCCUAUGAAAAAGCCUUGUCUGUUGCCGAGUCUGAACAAGAUAAAGUACAUAUCCAGACGGCCUUGGCAAUAAUAGAGUACAAACAGAACAAAGUGGAUGCUGCGAAGGCGCUGCUGUUUAAGUGCUCCUUAAAGGAACCGAGCCUGGAAAGUCUGAAGGCUCUGUGCACGCUGGGACUGGUGCAGCAGGACGCGACGCUCGCAACAGCAGCCCUCAAAGAGUUCCUGAAGCACGACAGAGGGGAUGGGGACCCCUAUGAGAGGUGCCUUCUUGUGUCUGCUGUCUGUGCAUUGCAAGGCAGAAACGUGGCGGCCCAGAGAGAAGUCUCCAAAGCAAUACACAUUAACCCUGACAAUCCUGCCCUGUGGUCCCUUCUGUCUCGACUGGUUCCACUGCACGCACCACAAAAGGCAAAGGGUGGAGCUGUGGCAGGACACACCGCGCAUGUCCAUGACAUAAACCGCGGAAAGGAGGUCCUGCUGAGUAUUGCAGCGAAUCAGUUGGCAGCAGGAUGUCACAUGCUGGAAGACGAGAAAAACAAUCCUCUGAAAAAUAUCCAGAAGGCAAUCCACCUCUACCCAGAUAAUCCCGUGGCCUGGGCAAUGCUGAUGGCAGCCUGUCAUGCUGAAAACACCGUUGUCUGCCUAAACAACACUCAGCCAAAGCGAACGGGUCUAGAGAUGACACUUGUGUCUACAGUUUCAGCCAAAACUGGAGAGAACAACCUUCCACGUGGUUAUAUCCAGACUCUUGAGGACUGGUGCCUGUGUCAAGCUAUCACCAGUCUGGAGGAGACUGGGAAACUCUCGGAAGCUGAGGCUCUUUGUACCAAGGGUUUAAAAAGCUGCCCCGAGCACCCAGCUCUGUUCCUGCUUUUGAGACAAGUUCAGUGUAAGCAGCUGCUGCAGUCACACCAAGAGCUUCCAGUCACUGUCCUGGAGGAGCUUCGCAAGGCGGUCAUGGCCAGCUCGACUUCAGUGGCAGCCUGGCAAUGGCUGGCAAACGUGUAUCAGUCCCAAGGAAUGAUGGUGGGAGCAGAGAUGUGUUACAGGAAGAGCCUGCAGUUGGCGUCACAGCAGGGCAGCUGGCACGGGAAGCUGUCCAGUCUGCUCAGGCUCGCGAUGCUCGCGCUGGAGAUAUGCAUGGCAGACAUCUCAGAUGAGCACUGGCCAUCCCUGGUUCAGGAGGCAACAACCGAAGCUCUGAAACUCUCUUCCUGCCCCCUGGCAGCUCUCCUGCAAGCACUGCUGCAGUAUCGCCGCAAGUUGGGAGCCAGGUACCUCCGUUACUCGUUUUUUAGAGUGGUUUAUCAGCUGGGGAAUCCAGAAACCAUCGUGUCAGUGGCACGCUGGUACCUCCUGCGGCACCUGCACGCCAAAGAUGAUCCCGAAUUAAUAAAU